AUCUCGCCGCAGGCCCAUUCCUCCAUAAUCUGCCAACAUGAAGCUCUCCACGUCGUUCCUCGCCAUCGGUCUCUUCACCGGCGUGUCCAUCGCCCAAAACAGCACCGUCCAAGUCGCCCACGUCACUCUCCGCUCCGAGGGCGACGACCAUUCUUUCCCCAUGAGCGUCCCGGCCGACGGCAAGCCCGUCUUCACAUACAGCACGCUCCCCGUACAGAAGAUUGACGCCCCCGACUUUGACGUGCUCCAGGCAUGUGUGAUUGACACCGUCGGCCCGGCGAAUCUGAGCAGCACCAUUGCGUCGGACGGGGUGACGCAGCAAGUCGUGAUUGAUCCGCCGCAGACGGUCACGAGCAUUACCUGUCAGGGCACCUGUGUCGAGACUUGGAGUGCUUGUUUUGAUGAUGCAACGGGCCAGUCACUUGGGCCUUGCUGUAAUGGUCUUUGCAUUGCCAAUCGCUGCAGACCUUUUAAUCAGCCAUAAGAAGUCGGG